AUAUUUAAGUUGCUCCGGGAACGCACUGACAGUUUCACUAUUGACCCGAAAGGAGUAUGUUUUAUAACGCACGUAUCCUGACGAUUUUCUUGAAAAGACUUUUUUUUUCAAUAAAAAAUUUCUACAUGCGAGUGUGUGAUACAAAGUGUAAAAAAAUAGACUAACAUCAAUAGUGAUUAUAUUAUAUAACGAAAGAAAGAAGACAAAAAGCUAAAAUUCUAGCGAGGAGAUUAAAAGGAAGGAUAAGAACAACUGUCACAUGUUUUCUUGAGCUCUUAAUGGCAAAGGGGCACGAACUUAACCUCCUGUGUGUGAAAAAAAGCCAACAUAUAUCUAUAUUAAAAAAGUUUCAUCUUUGAAAGAAAAAAAGGGAAAAGGCACACCACGUAUUCGAAAUUAGGCACGGAUCAAAGGGUCCGCAAAAUGGACUCGCCUGUCAUCGUGGACAAAGCAUCUGAAUUCGGAGAAUCAAUUGAUUUGGAUCGUCCAUUUCCCGGAUUUCCAUUCGACGACGACAAUUUUGGACGACGCAGUGAUAUUCGUACCCAUCUGGAUGAUUUAGCAGCUCGUCAUCCAGAAUUCGCAGAUCAUUUAUUAGGUCCACCUUGGGGUGAAAUCCCUUUCCACAAUUCUUUUCGCAAUCGAAACCGUGAUAUUGGAAAUAAAGAACGUAAUAAUUAUCAACAAGGCUGUUCCGACGAAGACGCAACAAGUCAGGCAAGCGGAAGUAGUGUUGCCAGUGGAACUAGUGUCUCCAGUUUCCACGGCGAAUCGGACGUUAAUCAGAAUCAACAAAACAAAUCUUCAAAUUUUGAGCAAACUAAUAAAAAAAGUCAAAUCCCACAAUACGGAUUACGCAACACUGUAGAUAUAGGUCAACAUCAUCAUAAUAUGGAGAAUACUGAUAAAGGAAAUCGUGGUCAACGUUCUAUGUCUGCACCUCCAGAAAAUAGACAAUCUUUUAAUCAGCAACAAGAACAACAAUCACCACAGCAAUCACAGAGAUAUGUUUCCAGGAUAGAUAUAACACCACAGCAUAAUCAGCCUCAAUAUAAAUCACAACAACAACCUCAACAGCAACAACAACAAAAACCGCAACAACAAAGUAAUGUUAGGCAUAUUCCAAUUUUUGUUGAAGGCAGAGAUGAACCUGUGCUUCCAAGGAGUUUCGAUCAAGGUUCGCAACACCGAACUUUUGUGAAUAUGGAUCCACAUUUUCAAAGAUCGUCGCCGUUUGGUCAGCAUUUUACUGGAAGGCAUCAACAGUGGUCCCCACAUUUUCAAGAACCGUUUUAUCAGCAGCCAAGUGCAUUCGAGCAUCCCUCUGUGAGACAACAGCAGACUCAUAAUUUUAAAGAACCCAAACAACAAUUGUACAAUGAAAGACAGCCUCAGCCUCAGCAAUAUUGUGAAAAACAACCUCAGCAACAGCAUUAUGAGCAAUCAAAACAACAAAAAACUCAACAGCCUCAACAACAGAGACAAGAGUUACCUAUUGUUUUAAAGGAUCCUUUAGAGAGAGUAGCCCUUGUUCAAAAAGAAGUUGAUGCUUUGGCUGAACAAGUCAAACAAUAUAAUGGUAUUUCAAGAACAGAUAAAGAAUAUAUUUAUUUAGAUGAAAUGCUUACUAGAGAAUUGAUUAAAUUGGAUGAUAUUGAAACAGAAGGUAGAGACAAUGUGCGACAGGCACGUAAAAACGCAAUAAAAAGUAUACAGGAAACAAUUAGUUUACUGGAGUCGAAGGCCCCACUGCUUUUACAACAAAUGUCAGUAGAAGAACAGGAAAAACAGGAAGAUCAAAUUUCCAACAUUACCGAAGAGGCUGAAAAAAUGAAAUCUAUGAAUCAGAAACCAGAAGAUCAGUCGCAGAAUAAGGAAGCCAUCCCAUUGCCUCCUGGUCCAUCAUCUCCAAUAAAAAAGACUGGAGAGAUUAUCGAAACUUGUGUGGAGAAAUUAGAAAGUUUCAAUGAUAAUCAAACGGCAAAUCAAAUGGCAGAUCCACAACAAGAAGCUAAUCAAACUUCCAACAAAUCUAUAAAUACGAUUUCAAUGGAAAAACAGGAAAUGAUUGCAAUGGAUACACAACAAAGUUCAGAAGAAUCAAAUAUAACUGAAAAGAAGAAAUUGAAGAAUGUUUCUGAGGAGAAGAAACAAAAAUAUAUUACUGAAGAGAAAAAAGCAGAUAUUUCUAUUGAAAAACCAAUAAAGAAUGCUCCUUCUGAGAAUAACUCAGAAAAUCUUUUAGAUGAAAAAAAAAUAGAGAACAUUUCUGAUCACAAGGUAGAAAAUACUAUUAUGGAGAUAAAAGAAACUACUGAAAAGAACAAAAUUGAAAAAGAUGUCAAAGAAGAAAAGGAAACAGAGAAAGUUGAUAAUAAACAGUCUACUCAAGAAGAACAACAGAAAACAGAAGAAAAGAUGGAUCUAAAUAGUGGUGAAAUAAAACAAUCACCUAAGUCGCAGAAGAAAGGAAAAAAGACAAAAAAACAGGUUCCAAUUUCUGAUAAACCUAUACCAUUGCCAGCUCCAGAAAGUACCAAGACAAAGUAAAAUAACAGAAAAAAUUAGUCACGAUUUUAAUUGUAUUAAAAGAUACGUCAAUCUAAUUAUUGUUAGUUUGUGUAUCUUUAGAACAAAACUACUUUUUCAUUCAAGAAACCACAAAGUCUCGUGAUCGUUGUUUCUUUUCUGUUUUGAUUAUUCUUGGUGCCAGAUUGACAAAAACGUCGUGGAUCGACGUGAUAAUCGCACAAUCGUUUAUUAGCAUCAUAUUAGAAUCAUGUUGAUCAAAAACUUCUUCUGUUUUGCUUCGUUAUUUUAAUUUCCAUGUUAUUACAAUUCAAACAGGGGAAACAUAUAUGGAAUCUGUUCAAUGAAUUUAGAGCGUAUAUAAAAGGAUUUACAACGAAUGUAGCAUUUUUAAGGCUGUUUUCGCUGUUGCAUUUGAACGAGGCUCCCCUUUCUUUUAUAUACCGCGAUUACAUAUGAUUUUAAACAAAAUCGAAUAU